CCGUCCUUUCACCAGCCAGGAGCUAAGAAGUUGUUGAAUACACUGAGUCUAGUUAGAUACGGUUUGAAGAAAAGGUUUCAGAGAUAGAAAAGAAGAAAAAAAAAGAUUACAAUCAUGAAUCAGAGUGAAUGGGCUCCUAUAGUCUCAGUUUCGCGGGUUUAUGCUCAUGUAAAUGAGGAACUUCCGCGCGAGUAUUGGGAUUAUGAAAACAUGGAAGAAACUUUUGGGUAUCAGGACAAUUACGAACUUCUGCGGAAAGUAGGACGAGGAAAAUAUAGCGAGGUUUUCGAAGGGAUAAACGUUUUGAAUAAUUCAAAAUGUAUUAUAAAGGUGUUAAAGCCUGUUAAAUAUAAGAAAAUCAAGCGUGAAAUAAAAAUUUUACAAAACUUAACCGGAGGUCCUAAUAUUAUAGGUUUACUUGAUGUUGUUCGUGAUCCAGAGAGCAAAACUCCUUCCUUAAUUUUUGAAUAUGUAGACAACAUAGAUUUCCGGACUCUCUACCCUACUUUAUCUGACUAUGAUAUUCGAUAUUACUCGUAUGAAUUGUUGAAGGCAUUGGACUUUUGCCAUUCUCGAGGUAUUAUGCAUCGUGAUGUAAAGCCUCAUAAUGUUAUGAUUGAUCACCAAAGAAAAAAACUCCGUUUAAUUGAUUGGGGUUUGGCUGAAUUUUACCAUGCUGGUAUGGAGUAUAAUGUUCGUGUUGCUAGUCGAUAUUUCAAAGGACCGGAACUUUUAGUUGACUUCCGUGAAUAUGAUUACUCAUUGGACAUUUGGUCUUUUGGCGUUAUGUUUGCUGCAUUGAUAUUCAAGAAAGAUACCUUCUUCCGUGGUCGAGACAAUUAUGACCAGUUGGUGAAGAUUGCUAAAGUUCUAGGAACUGAUGAUCUUUUUGCCUAUAUUCGAAAAUACCAAAUUGUUUUAGAUAGACAAUACGACAACGUCCUUGGACAGUACCCUAAACGUGAUUGGUAUUCUUUUGUAAAUCGCGAAAACAGACAGCUGGCAAACGAUGAUGCCAUUGAUUUCCUUUCACGACUUCUUCGUUAUGAUCAUCAGGAACGGUUAACCUGUAAAGAGGCCAUGGCGCACCCUUACUUUAAUGUUUUGAAGCAGUCAUAAACUUAUUUACUUGACUAUAAUAUCCCUAAUUACAUUUUUAAUGGAUAUUUGUUUACACCCCGACUAAUGGAAGUAUCGGCUCAUUGCUUAAAAUGUCUGUAUUAUAACCUCAAGACUCUCAGCUAUGGUCGUUGGUUAUAUUUUAGUUGAUAUCAGCAUAUGCAGCUAUUACUGAGAUUCUUUUUGAUUUUAGGUGAUUCGAAAAGUUGUAUUUACCACCUGAUGGCAGUUCUCGUCUCCUCCCUUUCCUAUUGUUCCCAGUUAAAAGGAUUGAUAUAUUCGUUUCCAAUCAUAGGCGUUUAUUUAAAUAAACAUUCUUUCUAGAAGCUGUUUGAUAUUUUACUUUUGUUAUUUGCAUUCUACUUUUGUACACAAAUUGCGACUUCAGUAUGUAUUUAAUACAGACAAAUUGAAGUAGAACGUAUAAUUUAACGUCAAGAAUUGUAUAAGAACGGCAAGUUUUCAAUAAAAAUAUGUAAAUAUACGUUACGCAUAUGGAGUAUAAAACAUAAACCCAAACAGUAUUGAAGAUAGU